GCGAGCGGACGGCGAAGAGACUGGAGGAGGGGGGUGGGAGCAGCGCGCCGCCAUUUUGUCCGCUCUCCUGUGAUACCCGCGCUGCUCGCGUCUGAGCUGAAACGAGAGGAUGGGGGAUCACUUCCAUCGAGGCGGAUACCCACCGGGGCCUCCCAGGGAUUUCCGCAGGGACGGGGAAAGCCGAUAUUAUGGACACCAUGCGCCGGAUCAUUACGGAUCCUCGGGCGGAGCUUACCCACCACCUCACAGAGAGGAGCCAAUUAAACAGGAGCGAGAUCCGUUUUUUGACAGGCGACCCGUGGAACCAGCUCCUCUUCUACAGAAUAUGGCUCUAAAAACUGAAUUUAAACAGGAGGAGCCCGAUCUUGGUCAGAGGGGUCCCAGUGCUGGUGGUCCUCCACAGUCCUAUCAAAAUCGUAAAAGACCAUUUGACGACCGAGGCAGAGGCUUCUACGAGCACCGAGAAGACAGGAGAACGAGAUCCCCGCAGGGUCGUGGUGGUGGUGGUAGUGGCGGUGGUGACGAGGACGAUGUGUUUGACGAGAGCUUUGUCGUCCUGGAUAACUAUAACAGCGACCUGCCCUUCAAGCUGAGCAAAGACCGCACUGUAGGGUUCCCACUCACCACAGAGGGAUUCGCUUAUCUCUGGUCUGGAGCUCGUGCCACGCAUGGUGUGAACAAGGGACGGGUGUGCUUUGAGAUAAAGAUAAAGGAAGAAAUUGCGGUGGGACACCUCCCGGCCAGCGAGCCGGAUCCACACGUGGUUCGUGUUGGUUGGUCCUUGGAUACUUGCAGUACACAGUUAGGAGAGGAAAUGUAUUCUUAUGGCUACGGAGGUACAGCAAAGAAGUCCACCAACAGCAAGUUUGAGAACUAUGGAGAGACCUUUGCAGAGAAUGAUGUCAUCGGCUGCUUCAUUGAUUUUGAAACUCGUGGCGACAUAGAGAUAUCAUUCUCCAAGAACGGGCGGUAUUUGGGCACAGCCUUCCGUAUCAGCAGGGGCGCUGUGGGUAACCAGGCCCUCUUCCCUCAUGUUUUAGUAAAGAACUGCUGUGUUGAGUUCAACUUCGGCCAAAAAACUGAGCCGUUCUGCAGCUGUCCACCAGGGUUUACAUUCAUACAGGAGGUGCCCACCUUAGAAAAAGUACGUGGAACGGAACCCCCCAAGAACAAAGCAGAGUGUGAGAUUUUAAUGAUGGUGGGACUGCCGGGAGCUGGUAAGACGACCUGGGCAAUGAAGCACUCCGCAGCAAAUCCAGGAAAGAAGUACAACAUCCUUGGAACCAAUGCCAUUAUGGAGAAAAUGAGGGUAAUGGGUCUUCGGAGACAGCGUAAUUACGCCGGCCGUUGGGACGUCCUGAUUCAGCAAGCCACAAAGUGUUUAAACCAGCUGAUCCAAAUAGCUGCCCGUAGGAAACGCAAUUACAUCCUCGAUCAGACAAACGUCUAUGGCACAGCUCAGCGCAGGAAGAUGCGACCGUUUGAAGGCUUUCAUCGCAAGGCUGUUAUAAUCUGCCCCACAGACGAGGACCUUCUAGAUCGUAUUGUAAAGCGCACUGACGAGGAAGGAAAGGAUGUCCCCGAUCACGCUGUGCUAGAAAUGAAAGCAAAUUUUAGUCUGCCGGAACCAGGGGACUUCCUGGAAGAGGUCAUCUACAUCGAGCUGCAGAAGGAGGAGGCAGAGACUCUGAUCCGAGAGUAUAAUGAGGAGGGAAAGAAGGCAGGGCAGCCCCCAGAAAAGAAAUUCCGAGGUCGUGGCGGGGGAGGUGGCGGGGGAGUUGGCAGAGGAGAAGCAGCACGCGGUGGAUUUGAUAACCGGGGUCCCUCUGGUGGAUCUGUUGGAGGUCGAGGAGGGUUUCAAGGUCGAGGUGGAUACAACAGAGGAGGCGGUCCUGGAGGCGGAGGUUCAUUUAACCGUGGAGGGAACAACACACAAAGCCGCUGGUCUGGGAACUCGCAGGAUAAUGGUUCAGAACAUCGAGGUGGCUACGGUACUGAUGGUCUAGCAGGCAGCCGAGGCGGCGGCUACGGUCCUGAUGGUCAAGCAGGCAGCCGGGGAGGCGGCUACAGUUCUGAUGGUCAAGCAGGCAGCCGAGGCGGCGGCUACAGUCCUGAUGGUCAGGCAGGCAGGCGAGGCGGCGGCUACCCUCCUGAUGGUCAAGCAGGCAGGCGAGGGGGCGGCUAUGGUUCUGAUGGUCCUGCAGGCAGCCGAGGCGGCGGCUAUGGUUCUGAUGGUCAAGCAGGCAGCCGAGGCGGCGGCUAUGGUUCUGAUGGUCAAGCAGGCAGCCGAGGCGGCGGCUAUGGUUCUGAUGGUCCUGCAGGCAGCCGAGGCGGCGGCUAUGGUUCUGAUGGUCAAGCAGGCAGCCGAGGCGGCGGCUAUGGUUCUGAUGGUCAAGCAAGCAACCGAGGCAGUGGUUAUAGUGGUGCAGCAUCAAAUCCCCCUUCUCACAGUGCACCCAGCAGCUAUGGCCAAGGAUCAUCAAACUUUGGACAAGGAGGUUACAGUGGUGCUGGAGGAUAUAGCCAGAGUGGAAGUUAUGGACAAGCUGGAGGAAGUGGGGGUAGCUAUAGCCAAGGUGGAGGAAGUACCAGUGGCUAUAGCCAAGGUGGAGGAAGUACCAGUGGCUAUAGCCAAGCCGGAGGAAGUGGCAGUGGAUUCAGCCAGGGAGGCACAGGUGGCUACAACCAAGGUGGAGGUGGUGGUUACAGCCAGGGUCCUGGAAGCAGCAGUGGCUACAGCCAAGGAAGUGGAGGAUACAGCCAGAGUGGUGCUGGAGGCGGAUACAGUAGCAGCAGUCAAACCUAUGGGGGUGGAGCGCAAAGCUACAGUCAAGGAUAUACCCAACCUCCGCCCCAGAGCACCACCUCUUCUCAGCCGUCUUAUAGUCAGGGUGGCUACGGUUCACAGUACCAGCAACCGUAUGGAAGUCAGCAAUGGAACCAGUAUCAAGGUCAGACACCAAAUCCUAAUCCUGGCGAGCCGCAGGGUCAAGGUCAGUGGAGCCAGUGGAACUACGGCGCAGCAGGCGGCAGCAGCAGUUACGACCAGCCCGCUAGAUACGGAGGGGCCCAGUGAAACCCUGCCGAGACGUAACAUUUGUUUUGGUUUCGUACCAGGACUGAUCCUCAACCACAUUGGAUUAAACUUCCUACUUUUCUGAUACCACGUGGCGCACACCCGUGCCAGGUCCAAGGAACGCUGUUCUGUUCGCAUAGAGUAUUAUAUAUCCAUGUGUAUUUACUGUGUCCGAGGAUGAGGAAGGUGACCUAAAGUGAAUAUUAUUCCUCUUAGAUAGUAACUGUCCAAUUGAAAGUCAAUUCUCUGGAAAAAAAUAAUAAUAAUGAUAAAUUAGACGCCCCUUCUCUCCAGCUUGCAUUCCAUGCCCAGGUAACCUUGCAGCCGCCCAUAUAUCUCUGACU